CAGAUGAAAAUGAAAGAUAGUCGUUGCACAAUCAUACGCUUUGAUUACGGAGGAUGUUAUUCGAAGAACGGAGAUGACGUACGAUGGAAUCCGAAAGAAGAUCAAAUUUAUACUUUAGUGAUGAAAGGAUCUUUCGAAGAGUUUACUUAUUCUGUGUUGGUUGAUAGGAUAUGCAAGAAAAUUAGGGUAGAUGAAGCGACGACGACGAUGUUGAAGUUAAGUUACGUUCCGUUGCUAGAGGAUCCUAAGAGGCAAACUUAUAUUUUGGAUGAUAAAGAUGUUUUAGGAUAUUUAAUGGAAGGAGAUAUUAAUCAGCGGAGAAAUGUUUUGCAUGUGGAACUCAUUGAAGGUGUCGAUCAAAACCAGAGUUGGGAGCGAGAGGAUGGAAGAAGUGGAAUUGAUGUAAGGAAUGAGGAGAUUGCGGAUGAUGAGUUGUUGGCAAAUGGUGAAGAAGUUGCGUACAUGGAUAAUUAUGGGAUGUCUGUUGAUGAUGUACAAGCUGAUGAGGUUGUGAAUCUUGAAUGGGAAGAUGGUAUUGGUUUGACUUUAGGUCAAGAGUUUGAGAGUAAGCAGGAAGUUCAGGAUUUAGUUGAGAAAGCUGAACUUCAGAAUUGUUUUGAGGUUGCUAUAUUCAAGUCAUCACCUGGACUAUACGUGUUAAGAUGUCGUGGUAGUGGUUGUAAAUGGUAUCUACGAGUUGCAAAGGUUAAGAAUUCGGAUCGUUUAUCUGUUAGAACUUACAACAAGAUGCAUACAUGCUCUCCGGUAACUACAACUAGAAGAAGAGAUAAAAGAAUAGCCACACCACAAUUAGUUGCAUCUCUUUUGCUAGAGGAUUAUCGAGAUGUAUUCGACACUCUAACUCCAAAAAACCUCAUACAUUUGGUUCAAGAAAAACAUGGUGUUACGGUUUCAUACGCUACUGCUUUGAGAGGAAAAAAACAAGCUGCAAGGGAUGUGCGGGGUCAUUUACACACUCCGUGAGAUGGAAGAAAAAGUUAUGCGUUUG